AUGGCUGAACAAGAACAAGAGAGCGCCCGAGUUAGAGCUGAACUAGACGAAAUCAAAGGAGGCAUGUCCCAGAUGCGAGAGAUGCUGCAAGCUUUAACCUUCAGGUUUGAGAUUCCACAAGCGACCGUGAUUUCAGAGACCACGGGCCCAGCAGUAGAAGUCCCACCUCAGAGGACGUUACCCUCAACCCUUCCUCCAUAUGGGCUACCUUAUGACUUCGUCCCCCGAGCGGAGGUGGUGCACGAAAUGGGGCAAUCUGUCCAACAAGCUGUGCCAUUACCAGUUUACACCGAUGCACGUCCAGUCAUCCAUACUGUGGUUCCACCAGCCGCCUAUGCUAGGCAUGCUCCUCAUUAUGAAGAUCAAAACCACAUGUAUCAGACUGUCGACUCAACCGUUGCUGGUGACGAAGUAAGGUUUGAGGAUUUCAUAGAAGUAAAGGAGAACAUGCAGCUCCUUGAGAAGAAAUUCCGAGAUCUAGAAGGAGACCACGUCUUUGGAUCUGCUGCCAAAGAAAUGUGCCUUGUAUCCGGGUUGGUGAUUCCAGCAAAAUUCAAAACUCCGGAUUUCGACAAAUACAAGGGGCAUACUUGUCCAAAGAGCCAUCUCAUCAUGUAUUAUCGAAAAAUGGCUGCACAUGUGGAGGACGACAAGCUGAUGAUCCACUGUUUUCAGGACAUCUUAAGUGGGGCUCCUUCCAAAUGGUAUAUAAGUCUGGAUCAGAAUAGGAUCAUGUGUUUCCAGGACCUGUCAGACGCGUUCAUAAAACAUUACAAAUAUAAUAUGGAUAUGGCGCCUGACAGAAGACAGCUGCAGAGCAUGUUCCAACAUGACAAGGAGUCCUUCAAAGAAUACGCUCAAAGAUGGAGGGAACUGGCUUCUCAGGUCGAACCACCUCUGGCUGAGAAGGAAUUGGCUGAACUAUUUAUUGACACUGUCCAACCUCAAUUCUACGAGAAGAUGGUUGGAAGUGCUUCUUUGGGAUUCUCCGAGCUUGUUGCUAUAGGAGCUCGUGUUGAAUAUGGUGUAAGGAAUGGAAAACUGGCGGCUGUAGCUGGAACUUCAAAUGCUAAUCCAAAGAAGUUCUCUGGAGGGUUUCCUAGAAAGAAGGAAGGGGAAACAAAUGUUGUGACUGCUGGCCAAGGAAGAGCUCCUCCAAGAAGGAGACCACAACAAUAUCCACCUCAGCAAUAUGUCCAACAACCAAUUCCCUAUCAACAACCCAUGUAUCCCGUCCAGUAUGCUCCGCAACCAUACGUAUAUGCUGUGACGCCUGCGUUCAAUCAACAGCCUGCUCAGGCUUAUCAAGCGCCUCCAGUCUAUCGACCAGCUCCAGUUCAACAACGUGCUGCGGCUCCUCCAGCUUAUCAACAAGCACCAGCAACUCCUGUUUAUCAACAGCCGAGAGCUCAAGCGCCGAGGCAAAAUGCUCAAAACCAGAAUAUGAGGCAAGGGGAGAGGGCGACCUUCAAUCCAAUCCCAAUGUCGUACACUGAGCUUUAUCCCUCCUUGUUGCAAAAGGGUUUGGUGGUUCCUAGACCUAUGGGACCUCCACCUGAUCGUCUUCCUCCAUGGUACAAUCCUAAUGCACACUGUCCUUUCCAUGAAGGUGCCCCCGGGCAUGACCUAGAGAGUUGCUACGCUCUGAAGCAUAGGGUCCGUGAAUUGAUUGAGAGCAAGAUCUUGUCUUUUAAGGACAUGGGACCGAAUGUGAAGAACAAUCCUCUUCCUCCCCAUGGAGAUCCUACGGUGAACGCCAUUGAAGAUGCAUCUACUGUUGUUAUGGUUGAGAAGGUGGAUGAUGUAAAGACUCCUUUGGCAGCAUUCCAUGCCCGAUUGGUGGAAGCUGGCCUGAUUAAUGUAAAUCAUGACAACUGUGAAGAGUGUGCCACAUACCCAAAGGGAUGUCAGGUGGUACGAGACAACAUUCAAGAUCUGAUGGAUAAAGGAGUGCUUCAAAUAUCCAGUGCUGUGAAGAACGAAGACGGGUUGGUAAUUGAACCUUGUUUCAAUUUACCCGAACCAGUGGAAAUCCCUUACUAUAGUAGAAGGGUGGCGUCUGAGAAUAGUCAUCCGUCGCCUGUUGAAAUAUGUAUGCCCGCACCUUUUCCGUAUGAGAGCACCAAGGUCGUGCCUUGGAAAUAUGAGAUUACUGUUAUGGAUAAGGUUGUUGAAGGAAGUGCAGACGCUGAAGUGACAGAAGCUGUAAGUGAAGACGUCACCAAUAUUGCAGGAAUGAGCAGAAUGACCCGUAGUGGUCGAACCUAUACGCCCGAAUUCAAUGUGACUCCUCAAGGGCCGGACAAGGAAUCAACAGUUGUAACUCCCACUAAAGAACCCGAAGUGGUUCAAUCCGAAGAUGCUGUUGAAUUCUUGAAGUUGAUCAAGAAAAGUGACUACAAGGUUGUGGACCAGUUGCAUCAAACACCAUCUAAGAUCUCUAUUCUGUCUUUGCUACUGAACUCCCAAGCCCAUAGGGAGGCUUUGUUGAAGGUGCUUGCUCAAGAUCAUGUAACGCAAAGCAUAACAGUUGACCAAUUUGAUGGAGUAGUUGCAAACAUCACAGCUUGUAAUACUUUGAGCUUCAGUGGAGAGGAAUUACCCGAGGAUGGACAAAAUCACAACCGUGCUCUCCAUAUCUCGGUGAAAUGCAAAGAUGAUGCUUUGGACCCUGUUGGGAAAGCUUGUUCAUCUUUCGCUUCUCUGAAAAGCGCAAAGUCUAGCAACGAAGGAGGAAACCCUGAAGGUUGGGGUCAACUUAUUGAUAUUCGUGAGAAGCAUGAUCGCUUUGGUUUGGGAUAUGUGCCUUCCGCUGUGAAAGGAGCCCGAGUCCCUACAAAGGACAACACCCGAAGCAUCCAGGAAGAUAUGCCAGGUCUAGACACCGACAUCAUUGAGCACAAGCUUCCGCUUCAGCCGGACUGCCCGCCAGUAACACAGAAACUCCGAAGAACAAGACCAGAUAUGGCUCUGAAGAUUCGCGAAGAAGUCAAACGACAAUUUGACGCUGGUUUUCUCGCAGUGGCGAAGUACCCACAAUGGUUAGCUAACAUUGUACCUGUGCCUAAAAAGGAUGGCAAGGUGACUCCGUGGCAGUGGUCGGGUUGCGACGGAGAUGAUGAGAGUGACGGAAUACGGUUCAAAUUGGAAGACGGGUUUCUUGCGAGACAUCACACAAAAGUUGAAGGAGGUCGCAAAGUUUAUUGGUCUGCUCAGGAAGGAGUUAUAAGCUGCAGCUGUCACCAGUUUGAAUUCUCUGGAAUUUUGUGUAGGCACUCUCUGAGAGUUCUUUCAACAGGAAAUUGCUUUCAGAUCCCAGAUACAUAUCUUCCCAUCCGAUGGCGUCGUAUCAGCAUGCCUUCUUCAAGGUUUCUUCAAAAUGCUUCAGCCGUCGUCACCCAAAAUUCAGGUUGA